AUGGUCGAUGAGGCCCAUAUCGUGUCCAUCGGAGUCAGGAGCGAGUAUCGCGGCCUCGGUCUGGGCGAGCUGCUAUUGAUCUCCGCAAUCGAGCAGGCCAUCGAAACGGAAUCGCGAGUGGUGACCCUGGAGGUGCGGGUCUCAAACCAUGUGGCCCAGAACCUGUACAAGAAGUACAGCUUUACGGAGCGGGGUGUGCGAAGAGGCUACUACUCCGACAAUAGGGAGGACGCGCUGAUCAUGACCACUGAGCCGAUCAGGCACGAUACCUACCGGGAGGAACUGAAGGGCCUUAUUACUUCCCAUGAGAAGCGGUGGGGACCGUGCCCCCGUCAGAUCGGCUGA